AAGAGCAUGGUCAGCAGGUGGGUGAUAUCGAGGAGAGUUGCAAUGCUUUAGGGUCGAGUCCUCUGUGGAAUUGAAAAGAAAAUUCAUACAUUCAAGAUGUCCAGUUAGAAGUCUCUUCUACAAGUGAGAAGCUGUUUCAGUAAUCCUACGCAGGUGUGGGCUGACUGACAGCACAAACACAAUGGAGGAACCCUUUGAUGAAGACUUAUGUGUUGAACUUUACUGUGAGGUAGAAGAAACUUCACCUACAUCACGUACUGACAGCAAGGAUGACUGUCGACAGAGUGAUGGAAAAGUGACCCCUGCUGGUAAAGUGGAGGAAGAAAAGGACACAACCACAUCAACGCCAGGGGGGCAAGACUCCAUCCAGGUUUCUACAGAACCAAAGAAUGAACCAAUAUCUGAGCCUGCCUCAACAUCUGAACACAUACCAUGUCCUUCUGUGGAGACAGUCUGUCAUGUAAGCAGCGAGCAAGUUAACCAGCAUGUAGUGACCCCUGCUGGUGAAGUGGAGGAAGAUAUGGACACAAUCACAUCAACGCCAGGGGGGCAAGACUCCAUCCAGGUUUCUACAGAACCAAAGAAUGAACCAAUAUCUGAGCCUGCCUCAACAUCUGAACACAAGACACAACUGGAGAGCCUAUUGGAGGAUCUGGGAUUGAAGCAUCACUUCACGGAGAAGCUCUCCCUGAGCACAAUACUUCAGAUUGAUGAGAAGACCUGCACUGAUGAACCUACCAAGUGUUAUUCAGACCUGCCAGGGUAUUUUCUGAAGAAAAUGAUGAUGGUAAAUGUGAAAGCUAGGAAUGUAGAAUUUACAUCUGAAUGUGAAUCAGCUUGUGAUGCUGAAUCUGAUGAAACAGGGUUUGAAGAUUUUGAUGAUUUUGAUGAUGGUUCUGACAGUCUGAAUUCAAAUAACAGGCUCAACCCGCUAGACAUAAUCACUGCUCUCUUUCUGUGUUCGGAUGGUUUUGUACAGCAAGAAAUGGCUCUCAAAAUGUCCAUGUGUCAGUUUUCUGUGCCUCUUCUGCUUCCUAAUUGUGACACAAAGCAGUGCUCACUGAUGCUCUGGGCCAUGAGAGACAUAGUUAAAAAGUACAGACCUUUGUCACUUUCAGAAUCCAAGGGCUUUAUUGAAGACAGAAUUGUUGUCUCUAAACUUCCAAUGGUUUCUUUUGUGAGACUGGGUGAGUGCUCCUUGUCCAAGUCAGAGACCCUCAAUAAGCUUCUGAGCAGUUCCCAGCAGAACCAUGACAUCUUUGUUCACAGGAACAUGACAAAUGGUGACUGUCCAAGACGAAUAUCUAAUGGAUUGACUGAAAUUACCUGGUACCUACCUUGUGGAAACAAAAACAUGGAUGUUUUUGGUGAGCCGGUAGCUGUAGCUAAUCUUCGUGGGGACAUUGCUUCAUUUGAAACGCAGUUUUCUUUUUUGUGUCACACGUCAGCAGCAGUGUUUGUAUUCUUUGACAGUUUGGACUCUGAGUGCAAAAUGCUUUCAAACAAACAUCACAAGGCCCAGAUCUUCUUGGUUGGUAAUCGUCAAAGCCAGGAAUUCAGUAUGGAUGCUGUGAAGAAGGUGGCAAAGAAGCUGAAUCUGACUAAAAGCAACAUCCUUUUGAAGGACAAACAAAUGAAUGAUGCAACCUUUGUCAAAAAUCUACACAAAACAGUCAAACAUGUUGUGGAGAACACAAACGUGAAGAUGCAAAUUGAGCAGAUGGCUGACAUUGCUCAUGAAUUGGGAGUCUUGGUUGAUGAAGAUUGUCCAGAGUGCCAGACUGCAAAGACAAAUGCAGAUGCCAUCACUGGAAAAAUUCAAGAUAUCCCAAAAUACAAAGAUGCUCAUCUGCCCCUGCAUGGCGAAAUAUGGAAGAAACUGACUUGCUUGGAGAAGGAAGAGUUUCGACUUCGUAAUGUUGGGUCUAAAAACAUAGAAAUGUACAAAAGUGAUCUUCAGAGAGAAAAAGAAAACAUCAGGGAAGAGCAGAACUCGUAUGAUAUGUCUGAAGCAAUGACAUGUUUCAUCAGCGCAAUAUCAAGACCAGGUAUUGAGAGGAGUUAUUUCCUAAAAUGGAUGCGAAUGAACCUUGAUAAUCUGUCUAGACAGAAACUGUCUGGACUCAGAGAGGCAUACAAAAAAAAAAAAAAAAGUUCUGAAAACAAGGAGGAAAUCAAAGAAAUUGACCGGCAACUUUCUAACAGCUCACUUGGGAUUGAACACUUCUUCCGUGAGAUGGGUCAGAUCUAUGAAGCUUCAGUUUCCCUUCCAGAAACAAAUCCGUCACGCCAACAGUUCAGACAUCUGCCCAGACUAUGUGCAGGGUUGUUGCUUGAUGGAUUUCCCCUUGAGCUUGUAGAUGGUGAUGCAUCUAAUAUACCUCUCAGAUGGGUGACUGAUGUUCUGUCUCGGCUCAAUGACUUGGUGUCUCCAAAGAGCAAGAUAGUGGUAGUCACAGUUCUUGGAGUUCAAAGUACAGGGAAGUCGACUCUCCUAAACACCAUGUUUGGAGUUCAGUUUGCAGUCAGCAGUGGUCGGUGCACUCGAGGUGCCUUUAUGUUGCUUAUCAAAGUAAAUGAAAAUGUCAAAAAAGAACUCAGCUGUGACUUCAUGGUGAUCAUUGACACUGAGGGGUUAAAGUCACCAGAGCUUGCACAGCUAGACAAUAGCUAUGAGCAUGACAACGAGCUUGCAACACUUGUUGUGGGGUUGAGUGAUAUCACUAUCAUCAAUAUUGCAAUGGAGAAUUCAACAGAAAUGAAGGACAUCCUACAGAUAGUUGUGCAUGCAUUUCUCAGGAUGAAAGAGGUGGGCAAAAAACCUAGAUGUCAGUUUGUUCACCAAAAUGUGGCAGAUGUUUCUGCCCCUGAGAAGAACUUACGAGAAAGAGAACUGCUCCUAGAACAGUUGAAUGAGAUGACCCAAGCAGCAGCCAGAAUGGAAAAGAAGGAGGAAAACAAGAGCUUCACUGAUGUGAUGGAGUACAAUCCAGCCACUGGAAACUGGUACAUCCCAGGACUCUGGAAUGGAAGCCCCACAAUGGCACCAGUUAAUGCAGGGUACAGUGAGGCCGUUUAUGAGCUCAAGAAGAAUGUAAUCCAGAUUUUGGGAAAAUGUGAGUCUUCUGCUAAUGAUAUCUUGGAGUUUACAGAGUGGAUAAGAAGCCUGUGGAAUGCUGUCAAGCAUGAAAACUUCAUCUUCAGCUUCAGAAACAGCCUGGUGGCUGAUGCAUACAUGAGGCUCUGCACAGAAUUCAACAAAUGGGAAUGGGAAUUCAAGAAAAAAAUGUACUCAUGGACAAAUGAUGCAGAAAUAAAGAUUUCUAACUUUGGCAGCGUGGAAUGUGAAGUGUCUGAAAUUGGACAACUUCUCACUGAUUUGAAAAGUGACGCAUGCUUAGUACUGACUGAAUGGGAGACAAAGCUUCUUGAAAAUCUAGACAAGUACUUCAAACAAACAGAGGGUCAUGUCAAUCUUGUUGAAGCAUACAGAGAGGACUUUGCUAACAGUGCUAAAAGCCUUCGUCGAGAAAUGGAAAGCUCUGUACAUAACCAACUCACAGUUGCAACAGAUGUCCGAAAGGGAAUGACGGAGAUUGAUAAAAUCAAGGUGAACCACACAAAAGAAUUAGAAAAGAGAGUAGGUGCAUUGAUUGAAGAAUGCCGCAAGAAAAAAGUGGACAUGACAGACCAAAAGCUGGAUGAAGAAUUUGACAAGAUGUGGAAUAAAAUGGUAAAGGAACAAGUUCUUUACAAACAAGAGACCGUGGAUGUCAUGGGGAAUGUGUCCAAAUGCCUGAGAAACAAUCUAUCACGCAAGGGGAGUCAUGCAUGUGAAUUAUUAGAUCAAAAAAGACUGCAAGAUUGUGGAACGGUGCCUUUCAAAGUCUCAUCUGAAGGAUUAAUCAACUGGGCACGUAAAAAAAUGAGCAAGUACUUCAACUGGGAAGACCACGUCAUGGUGCUACAACAAAUAGCUGACGAUAUUAUAUUGGGAUGUUCACAGUUUGUGAAAGAAAAAAAGGAAAGAAUAAACAAAAACAACUACCACAACACUUUCAUCCAGGAGAUCCUACACAUGAUUGAUGAGAGUCUGAAAAACCAGAAGAAUGUCAAGAUUGAGAUAGAAUUUGAGGUUUCUCUGAAACAGCACAUCUGCGCAGUUGCAGCUCGAGAUUUUCAGGAAAUGCAUGAAGAUUUCAUUCAGCUGAGUGAUCCCCACAUUUGUCUCAAUCGAAACAAAAAGAGGUUCUGUGUAAAUUUCAAGGAUGAAUUCCAUGAACGAGAUCAGUGCCAAAAGAACGCAAAAGAUUUCACAGAUGACUGCUUGAGGCCUGCUGUGGAAAACUUCAUCAACAGUUCCUUGGGUCCUGAUAUCAUUGGAGAAAUGAAGACCAGAUUCCAAUUCAGCACUCGAAUGUUCUUCCAGUACUCAGUGUUACUGGAUUUGCUUACAAAGGAAAAGUUUGAAGACUACAAGAGCUUUAUCUGCUCAUAUGAGUGGUAUGUUAAGAAAUGGAUCCUUGAUGAAAUGGUGAAAGUCUUGACAAAUGAGUCUUUAUCUGAGUUUGAGGACCGACAUCUUGGGUCAAGAAUCAAGAGCAUAAAUGAUGCAAUACGGAAAGCUCAAGCAAAAGAGGGAGGCAACCUGCAGGAAUUGAUCAAAGAUAUCCGUCAGGAACUUCGUGAAAAACUGGUCAUUUCCAAGGAUGCUCUUGGUCCUUUUAGGAUCCUGAACAAUGUCAAACACAAAGAGUUUGCUCAAUGGCUCACCGUCUGUGUGAAGGAAAUGGAAGAAAAUAUUAAAGAGCAGUUAAAAAAGACAAACAUCAAAACAAAACUUGCAAAUCUUGAUGUAAAGCCUGAGAAUGAGCUUUUCAAAAGUGUCAUCGGAUGUGGCAAACAGUGUCCAUUCUGCAAAGCGCCCUGUGAGGCAGGAGGAAUCAAUCAUAAGGAGCACACAACUUCACUGCAUCGACCAGAGGGUCUGGGCAGAUACACAUGGGACCGGUCACAAAAACUUGUUAUUGACAUAUGCACUUCCUUGGUGAGCAGUGACUGUAGCUUUCGCUGCGAUGCAACAAAAGGUGAAUGGCACCCUUACAAGGAGUACACCACAAUUUAUCCUGACUGGCGAAUUGCUCCAGAUCAAAGCCUUAAGGAUUCAGACUACUGGAAGUACGUACUGAAAACGUUCAACAAGGAGUUCUCUGAAGCAUACAAGGCAAAGCCUGCCGAUAUUCCAGAUACUUGGAAACUUAUCACACCACAGAUUGCACAAGAGAGUCUCAAAAGUUCUUUUAACGUGAAAUGAGACACUAACAACAGGUGCACAUCCUCCUUUCAUGGAUUGUUUGAGCUCAGAUUGAGUCUAAUAUGUGAAAGAGGAAAAUCACAAUCAGCUCAAUAGAUAUUAUCACCAGAGAGACAUUUUACAACUAAGGCUCUCAAUAUGGAAAUAACACAAAAAUCAUUGCAUUAGUGCUUUUACUAGUAGGCCUACUAGUGCAUUAGCAGAGGUUGAAUCCAACAUGUUGAUGAACAUGAAUCUUUUCUUUAACUCUCUUUUUGUUGAUCACGACUGUUUUUGGAUCAGUGCAAAUGUAAGCACACAUUAUGAUCAAGCCGCACAUUUACAGGCAUGUGGUAUUCUUUAAAUAAGACACAGUAUUCAUUUUCUUUUGAUUCUUUGUCUACUUAGUUUAGAGCAGUUUUUGGUUUUAUUGUGAAGUUUCUAAUGCAAAACUAUUGAAUUUAAAUUAACGAUCAUUCUCUUAAAAGCAGCAUGCAUACAACCAUUUACAGAAUGUUCUCUUCAUCUCCUCUUAAUGAAUAUGCUUAAAAUAUUUUUCAUAUAUAUUUUGAUAUUGUCAUCAUGUAAGGCAGAAAUUCAAUCAACACAAAUACUUCUUGUUUGUAUGUUUCUAGAACAUUGUUGCCUGAGCUUUUAUAUCAAUAUUCUCAGACAUUUACGUUUCCUGUUUGUUGGUGAAGUUUCUGAUUCCUGACAUUAUUAUUUUGAAGACAUUUAAAGAUGAGUACUGCUGCAUGGUGUGUUGUCAACAUGUAUACAUAACUGAUUUCUGUAAAAUCAUUGAAUAAAGAUACUAAUCAGCA